AAGAGACAUCAAAUAAUGAAAAAUCCUUGUUUGUAAUGUCUUGUGGCAAUCAGUUUGGUAUUAGAUCUUGACUAACUCGAAAACCCUUUAGAGAAAAGAUACAGAGCUAUGUCGUCUCUGCUUCUAAGUCUCCCUUCCAGGCCCUUUCUCCGCAACCUUGCUCUGAAAUGCCACCACACCCUUCGGAUGUUCUCCUCCUCCACCACCACCAACCCGUACUUGAUGUAUCGUCUCACACAUUAUGGAAGUUCUUUUGAUGAUAUUAAUGUAACAAGCAAUAUCCACUACUUUGAUCCGGUCAAGGAAGAUGAAGUUAUUGUCCGAGACAAGGCCUUUCCCAUGGAGUUGCGUAAUACGAGUCUGGUUGGAAUGUCCCACGGAUGGGGAGUUUUCAAUGUGGAGAGUGAUGAACACAAAGCCCUCUAUGUUAGCGACUACUGCAAUCCUUGUGGCUCCAAAUCAAAUCCCAAAGUCAUUCCUUUGCAUCCCAUGGGUCAACCUAAUAUCACCCAAAAGCGCAUCAUCACUAACGCCGGAAUGACUUAUUCACCUGAUCAAAGUAAACAUUUUGUAGUGGCGGCCAAUUGUUUAGGACUUGAGAUCAAUUUCUUUAGGCCUUGUGGCAAACCAGAGUACUCUGGUUCGGGCGGCUUUAAAACCCAGUCCCACUAUUUUGAUCAAUCAAAGGUUAUGUAUUCAAAGAGAGAUGAAAAGUUCUACACUCCUAGUGUUGGAGGCCACUUCUUGGCUUUCUGGGACUCUUGCUUUGAGGAGAUUAUGACCUGCCCCAAGAUGAAGGAGUUGCGGUUUUGCAACCUUCCUGAGUUGACCCAGUCUGAGUGGGAGCUCUUGGACUCAUGUUCCCCACCGACUGCACACCUUGCGGAGUCUCCCUCAGGACAGCGUUUCCUAAUCAAGUGGUACGCUCAGAACUACCAACCGGGCAAGAUAAUGACAUUCUUGUGUCGCGGAACAAAGCGUUUCAUGGUGUUUAGAGAGGAGGAAGAUACGAACAUGUGUUACACAGAGGACAUUGGAGAUCUCUGCAUAUUCCUUGGCGGUAGUGAGCCCUUCUGUGUCAAGGCAAGCUCAUUCCCUGGCCUAAAACCUAACUCCAUAUAUUUUGCAGGCGAGGGCUUUGGUGUUUACGAUAUCGCCACAAGAAAACCACGUUCCUUCCGUCCCAAGUCUCCCUCAGCCUUCUCUAAAACACCAGUCUUCCCUCUCUGGAUCCCUCCAAUGUCUCUCUAGCUAAUUACUAUAUAUAUGCUCUCUGAAACUUCACUAGUUGUGUCUCUCUGGUUACUAUGCUCUCUGUUCUAGAAAUAUCAUUGGAGUGUAAGACUAAUUCGUUCCAGUGAAAGACUCAAUGAGCUAAUAUGUAUCUGCAGCUGCUCCCAUAACAAACAUGCUGAUGUACGUAUAUAAUUUCCACAACCCCUUUCUCAAUUUCGAAACACAGUUUCUCUGCCAGAACCUACAGAAACCAACCUCCUUUAGAAAUGGCCUUUCUUCAGGCAAAUACUAAGCUACUCUCGCGUAAUCUUGUCCGUUUUCACCGUUUCUUUGCCUCUAUAUAUAUGCUCUCACUAGUUCCUCAUCU